UGGCGGCGCGCGGCCAUUGCUAGGCGCUGAUUGGCCCGCGCGCUCUGGCCCCGCCCAGCAGCAGCAGGUGCUGGGCGCUGAUUGGUCUCCUCGCUUUGGCCACGCCCCUCCCGGCACCGCCCCCCCCGCAGUCGGGGCGCGGCCGCCGCCCCGCACGGACGGGCUCGCUCCGCGCUCCGCCGCCGCCGCGAUGUCCGAUUCCGCCGGGCAGUUCUCGCUCGUCUCCUCCACCUCCUCUUCCAGCUCCUCGUCCUCCGCCUCCUCCGCGCGGGCCGCGCUCGGCGGCUGCACGGGCGGCGCUUCCAUGUCCUGCGCCGAUCCCCCCAAUUCUUCCUCCUCCUCCUCCUCUUCCUCCUCCCAGCCCGUUUCUCUCUUUGCGGCUUCACCAGCGGCCCCGGGCGGGCGGGACCGGGGGGUGUCCCCGGGCGGGGGGGGCCCGCAGAGCCCCCCGGAGUCGCCGGAGUCGCCGUUCGAGGUGGUCCCGGACCGCGCCGCCUUCGACCGCGAGUUCGGGCCGGCGCUGGCGCAGAUCCCCGAGGGCCGCGUGUGCCACUUCCCGCCCAAGCCCCGCGCUGUCCCCGCGGGCGGCGCCGCCGUCCCCGCGCUGCCCGGGAGGGGGCGGCCCCCGCCCGGCUCGGCCGCCGCGCUGGAGGAGGUGUCGCGGUGCGUGCGGGAGAUGCACAGCUUCACCAGCGAGCUGCUGUCCUGGGACCUGGUGGAGCGCCACGGGGACGGCGGGGACGGCCUCGGGGACAGCCACGGGGACAGCCACGGGGACGGCCACGGGGACAGCCUCGGGGACGGCCACGGCGGCAGCGGCGGCAGUAACGGCGUGGCCAGCGCUGGGAAUGGCGGCAGCGGCGCUGGGAGUGAUGUCACCGGUGUCACUGGUGCUGGGAACGGCAUCACCGGUGGCACCAGCAUUGGGAAUGGUGUCACCGGUGUCACUGGUGCUGGGAACGGCAUCACCGGUGGCACUGGUGUCACCAGCAUUGGGAGCGGCAUCACCGGUGUCACCAGCAUCGGGAAUGGUGGCACUGGUGUCACCGGUGUCACUGGUGCUGGGAACAGCAUCACUGGUGUCACCAGCGUUGGGAAUGGUGGCACUGGUGUCACUGGCACUGGGAGCAGUGUCACUGGUAUCACCAGCAUUGGGAAUGGUGUCAUUGGUGUCACCAGCAUUGGGAAUGGUGUCACUGCUGACACUGGUGUCACUGGCACUGGGAACAGCGUCACUGGUGUCACUGGCAUCAGGAAUGGUGUCACUGGUGUCACCAGCCCUGGGAGCGGUGUCACUGGUGUCACUGGUGUCACCAGCAUCGGGAACGGUGUCGCUGGUGUUGGCGGUGCCAUCGGGAAUGGCGUCACCAGUGUUGUCCCUGGCACUGGGAGCGGUGUCACCGCUGUCACCGCCAUGAAGAGUGACGUCACCGCUGCUGGCAGUGGCAUCUCUGUCCCUGGGAGUGUCCCUGGUGGUGGCAGUGCCAUCUCCGCUGUCCCCGCCGACGCCGACAGCUCCGGUGACUCCGACGACACCGUCAUCGAGGAGGGGCCGGGCGAGGCCCCCCCUGCUGUCCCCAGGGAUGUCCCCAGGGAGGUCCCUGCUGUCCCCAGGGAUGUCCCCAGGGUCCCACCCGGGUCCCACUGGGAGCAGGAGCACCAGACCCUGCGGGCGCUGCGGGAGCUGGGGGAGCCCCCCCGGCCCUCCCUGGCCGGGCCCCUGCCCCGCCUGCCAGCCCUGCAGGAGCUGCUGUUCUGGCGGGACGUGAGGAAGAGCGCGGUGGCCUUCGGGGCCAGCCUGCUGCUGCUGCUGUCGCUGGCCACGCUCAGCGCCGUCACCGUGGUGGCGCACGUGGCGCUGGCGCUGCUCUCGGUCACCAUCAGCCUCAGGGUCUACCGGGCCGUGGUGCAGGCGCUGCAGAAAUCCGAGGAGGGGCACCCCUUCAGGGCGUACCUGGACCUGGACGUGGCGCUGUCCCCCGAGAGUUUCCAGGCGCACGCGGCCGUGGUGGCGCGGCACCUGAACCAGGGGCUGCAGCUGCUCGUGCGCCUCUUCCUGGUGGAGGAUCUGGUGGAUUCCCUGGAGCUCGCCCUGACCAUGUGGCUGCUGACCUACGUGGGAGCCGUGUUCAACGGCAUCACCCUCCUCAUCCUCGCCGACAUCUUGGCCUUCAGCGUCCCACCCCUGUAUGAGAAAUACCAGGUGCAGAUCCAUCACUACAUGGGCCUCGUCCGCCGCCAGACCAAGGAGCUCCUGGCCAAGAUCCAGGCGAAGCUCCCAGGUCUGGCCAAGAAGAAGCCGGAAUAAACCCCAGGGUGGGGGGGGGAGUUUUGGGGGUGCCCAGCGGCGCCCCCCCCACUCCGAGCUUGUCUCCUCCCCCCCCUCCAAACCCCCCCCACCCCCCCAAACUUCUCCCCUUCCCCCAAUCUCACAGUGACGUUUGUCUGUGCCCCCCCCCAGUUGAAAUUGGGGGGCUGAACCCCAAAAUUCCCCCCCCCAACCACCCCCCUUGGGGGGGGGCUCCCCCAAACUCGUUUCCCUCCCCCCCUUUUAUUUUUUUAACGUUCAUUGAGGUGAAAUGUCUGUAACUGCUGUAAAUUGGGGAGGGGGGGGCUCAGCCCCUCCCACAGCCCCCCCCAAACUGCGCCCCCCCGACCCCCCCUCGCGCUGGGGGGUGGGAAAUGGGGGGGACCCCCCCAAAAUCCACCCGCGGGGCUGCGGCAACAAUAAAACACCAAAACACCGUGAGAACGCCGGGGCUCGGUGCUGUGACACCCCAAA